AUGGCGAUCACCAAAGGGGACACCAUCAAAUACUCUUCCCUGGUGGUUCUGGUCGUCCAGAACUGCUCACUCGUGCUCUUCAUGAGAUAUGUGAUGACCAAUGACAGGCCCAAGUUCCUCAAGGUAUCUGAAUGACUCGAAUGCUCUGAAGUUUUCUCCUCUUCAGACGAUCAUGGUGUUUUUCGGUGAAAUCUGCAAGUGUACGGUCAGUCUUCUUCUGGCGUGCAUCGAAGAAAAGAGUGUGAUCAAGUAAGCCUAUCCUACCCUGUUCUCAGCGGAUACUUCACUUUCCAGAGGUCUCAAACAGAUUCAUCACGAGUUCUUCGUCAAUUGGAAAGACACUCUUAAAGUGCUGGUGCCUGCUGCCGUGUAUACUAUCCAGAACUUCCUGCUCUACGUGGCAGUCGACAACCUCCCCGCCGCCACGUACAUGGUGACCUACCAGCUGAAGAUCCUCACGACUGCCGCCUUCACUGUCCUCGUUCUUCACCGCCGACUUUCCAUUCAGCAGUGGAUCUCGCUCGUCGUUCUCUUCGCUGGAGUCGUGGUUGUUCAAUACGUAAGCACUUUCUCCCUUUUUACACUUCACGCCAGUUUCAUACAGGAUCAGAAGAUAUCGAACGACCGUGCGGCGCUUGCGAACGUCUCCACCACCUUGGCGCCCACUACCAUCUCCCCCCUUUCGAAUCUCACUUCUACUCUUGCCACUGUCGCCAAGACUACGUCGAAGAAGAGCGAGAACUCUGUGCUUGGUGAGCCGACGACGUCAGCGAUGGAUAAUAACCGCUUAUUCCAGGAUUCGUUGCUGUGCUCAUUGCGUGUUGCUUAUCCGGAUUCGCCGGAAUAUAUUUUGAAAAGAUUCUCAAGGGUUCGUAUCCAAAACCAAAACCAAAAUAAGUCGAAAUUCUGGGAAAUCUGAAAACUUCUUUCAGGUUCGAAUGUUUCAAUCUGGAUCAGAAACAUCCAGCUGGCACUCCCGUCCAUCUUCUUCGCUUUCCUUUUCGCAUCGGUCAAAGACAACUCCAAACUGUACUCGAACGGUCCGAACCCUGCGAAUGUCUGGAAUAACAUGCUCACUGGAUUCGAUUGGGCCGUCUGGGUGACCGUCGCAAUAAACGCGUUUGGAGGACUCGUCGUCGCCGUCGUCAUCAAGUACGCCGACAAUAUUCUGAAAGCGUUCGCCACGUCAUUCGCCAUCGUGCUCAACUGCAUCGCCGCCUACUUCCUGUUCAACUUCCGACCGACCAUUCUCUUCCUCAUCGGAGCUUCCGGAGUCAUCGCUGCCGUGUUCGCCUACAGCAUGUAUCCGUACAAGUGAGCACUCCGUCUGAAUCAUAUUCAUCAGAGUUCAAUUUUUCCUUGCAGAGCGUCCCAUCAAGCGUUACCAACAGAAGAACCGAAGAACGAAAAGGAGACAGAGCUGCAGCCUAUCGAGAGCAACAAGGCGUGA